CCUAAAUAGUAACAACGCAUUGAACUGCGACUUCUCAAUAAGCACUUAAUAAUGAGACCCUUCUGGCAAUUCGUGUUCGCUGUCUCUAUACUCCAAAUGAGUGUAGCAGUUAAAGUCAAAGUAGUUAUGCACUCCGAACAAGAGGAUUCCAGGAUCGAAGACGAGGAAGUACCACGCACCGAGUCGUGGAGCCAUAAAAAACGUUCAGAACGUCAACACAUAACAAUGUUACCGUUUCUGAAAACAUCAAAGAAACGCGUCGUGGAAAAAAUUGAAUUUGAAGAGGAAAAACCGACAACGGAAAAGCCCCAACAUCUGCAUCCCAACGAGUUGAUAUUUCCACUAAUAUAUCGUCAAAAUCACAUAAACAGUAUGUUUAAAUUUGGAGAGAAUUGGUACACUUGGUCGACUGAAAAGCGAACUGAUGGAUCGAAGGCGAUAAAUUAUUAUAUUUGCUAUGACGAGCCCAAAAGAUGCGAUGACAUUGGAUGGGAACGAACCGAAAAUCUCCCUAGAUGCGCAUUCCAAAUAGAUUCUUUAAUGCCGGACGAUCGAGCUUGUAUCAAUAAUUUUGGAGUUGAACCCCAUACUCAUGGUGUAUGUGAUGGAGGCGAGCAAAUGAAGGUGAACGAAAUCACACGUACAUGCGGUCCACGCAUUCGCUCUCUAUGGCGAUUCCUGCGAGUGAGUCAACGCCCUGCCAAUGCACCUAAACCUGCGGAUGUAAAUUCCUUAAUAUGUGAAGAUGAAGAGGAAUGCUAUAUCACCAUUGAAUACAGGAUUCAUCACGACAGAAUAACGUUUUCGCUACAUGAGCCAACACGAGGCCAAACCUUUAAGAGUGCGCUGAAACGUGAAAUUCAGAAUGAGGAGGAACAUAAGAUAGUGGUAGUAAAAAAAAGUCGCCCUCGCAUAAUAAUUCAUAGAGGUAAAAAGAAGGAAGAAGAAUCGAGAAAGAAAAUCCAUCUCCGAUCAAGAACUAAAGUGACAGAGGGAAAAGGAGUCGUGAAAGAACGAAACGAUUCUGGCUACACAAACUAUAGACUCGCGAAGAACAAAAUCAAAAUCAGAGAGGACGUAUCAGAAGACAUUUCAGAAUAAACGUUCGAGAACAUAUCAUCUGAAUCCGAGCUUUAUUUCGUGAUCGUAUUUUACAAAAAUAAUCUAAAUUCUAUUGACUCAAUGGCAGCAACAAUGCUAAAUCUCUUAUUGUAAAACUAGCUUUCGCCCGCGUGGAUCUUGAUUAUCGCAAUAUGCAAUUUUUGGAAAUAACUCGAUAGAUUUAUUUGGAUAAGGAUUAAUACUGGAAUAUGAAAAUACCACUCAGACGGCGACCAGCGUGGUUAUUCGUAAUUUUAGAAAGAAAAGUGAUUAUUGUGACCUAACCGUAAUAGUUAGACAUAUGCUAUCGCGGACUUAUUUGUAGAUCUCAAUGAGUACAUUAAAAACGUAAAACAUUGUUUUUCAUUAUAAGCAACUAUUUAGUCAGUGAGCGCAAGAUAAGCGAAUUUUAUAUAAUUUUUCUACCGACUUUCUCACAGUAAACGCUACGAUGUGUAUCUGGGUACAAAAUAAGUGCAGAAAGUUGUAAGACAUGGUGACGUUAUAUCCCACAAACUCUUCACAGCUGCAUUGGAAGAUAUUUUCAAACUCUUAAACUGGAAAAGAUAUGGUAUAAACAUCAAUGGCGAAUAGAUCACUCUCCUUUGAUUUGCCGAUGACAUAGUAAUCAAGGCAGAACCCCUGGAGAAUUUCGAUAAUAUGCUCAAUGACCUCAAUGGUGCUUUUUUUUUUAUUCAACGUAGAAUGGCUAACAAGCUGACGGCCCACCUGAUGGAAAGUGGUAACCGUCGCCUAUAGACAUGAGCAGUACCAUGGACAUAACAGAGUAUACUGUUUCGCCCAUGAUACCCCCCAUGCGUUGCCACUCCUGAGGACUCAGGUGUUAUUCCUCUGUACCCAGUAAAUUCACGCCAUAUCCCACCCUUCAAACCGAAACACAACCAUGCAAACACAACUGCUUCACGGUUGAAACACGAGUGGGACAGAGGUACCCAAGCAAUCGACUUUUGUACAAAGUCUCCCUCUCCUCCCUCUUAUUUCUCAACAGGUAGGUCUUAAGAUGAACAUGGACAAGACUAAAAUGUAUGUCAAACGUACAUGUUACACCUAUACCGGUUCAGGUCACUGCGUGUUGCCAAUGAUGACUUAUGGAACCUGUUUGUAAAAUAUGCUGGUUCUUGUUGUAUAUAGGUAUUAUUUAUUAUUUAUAUUAAUUAUAAAAUAAAAUUACCGUCUGUUGACUUGAAACACGUUCGUCGACACGACGCACGAAACGGCGUCUGAAAACAUGAUCCUACACAAUUGUCCGUAUGUUAAAGCUUCAAAUUACUCAGCACCUAUAGAGAGAAUUUCUGAGAUGAAUUUCUUUGCGUAAUGGAAUCCAAAACGGGGAUAUUCGCUUAAGAACCAACGUAACCCGACAUAGCACAAAAGAUAAAGAAAGCUGAAGUGGCAAUGGGUAGGACUCCGUACGGGCAAAGGCAGUGUAGGACGACACAACCCCCCCCCCCCCCCACCACUUCUAAAUGGAGUGACGACUUCAAAUAUAUUGCAGUUAGUGGAUGCAGAUGUUUCAGGGCCGUUUUUUCGGCAGUCUCCAUAGAAUUCCCCCAUGGGAAGCCUAUGUCCAACAGUGGACGGAUCAUGGUUGAAAUAAAGAUGAUGAUGGCAUAUAUUACAAUUAAAUUUUAGUUUUUAAAAACUGAAUCCUGACUCUUGUCUUAACAGUGAUGUCAGUAGAGAGAUACCAGUGUAUUCAUGGUAUUCAUACAACUUGGGUUCCAUUAACGAGUCGCGUCAAAUAGAUUGAAUAGACUGACUCUUAAGUGUUGGCGCCAAUUCGUCUUUGUGACCACAACCGACCCAUAAAGAAACUAAUCUUCGUAACCUGUUGGCAUAGUCGACGCCUUCUGAUGAUUUUUUUUUAUUAUGCAAAUAAAACAAAAUUGAUUAAAUUAGACAUUUUUUAUAAAUAUUUUUUUACAACUUACAGUUUUGGAUUUUAACAAAAAAUAUUUUUACAUCUUCUCUUUCAACUCUUCUGAUUCUGAAAUCCUACCCCUAUAUUUUCUGCCACUAUAUUUGUAUUUUGUUCCGCGUCGGUUUUCUUGCUUUUUAAUUAAACUUGAAAAUGGCCAAUGGCUACCCUAAAAAGACGAAGCCAAAAGAUUCUUUGUUUGCUUUCCUAAGUAAGAUAGAUAUAUAUUUUUCCGUGUUAAAAUCUUAUAAUACGUAAUUCUUAUUCGAAAUAAAUAUUUAUUUGUAUUGAAAAUCCUUGUUACACAAAAUAGCAUAGAAAAUACCUAUGUCGCGGUAAUCUGUGGUCAUAAUUUUUUUAUUAUGGCGAGUGGUGUUAUGUAGCAAAUCCAGUCUUGCGUAACUUUUAUACUAACUUAAUAUAUAGAUUUGGUCAGAAAAUAUCGUACCAACGUUUAAUUAAAUGAUGAAAUCACAAUAGUGCCAACUUAACUAACAAUAAUACUGUCAAAUGCGAUGUAAAUGGCUGCCAUCUAAACUAUUCGUGAAACAGUUUAUGCUUAGCAUUUCAUAUUUAUUUUUAUUUUGUCGUGGAAAUGACGACUAUAUGUAUAUAAUAAAAUUGAAUUUAUUACGAGGUCUACUCUAAAAGUUAACCAGAUAUUACGGGAAGGGUUGAAAACUUAUAUUUGCUAUCAAUAAUAUUACGAAAUUGAGAUCUUAAGGUAAUAUUGUAUUAAAUAAUAAACUUGUUUAAGAAUUUUA